AUGCGUGAGAAGCGCUACACCCAGGAGGGCAUCGGCAGCAGUUACUUGUUCCGCGUUGACCACAACACCAUCAUCGAUGCCACCAAGUGCGGGAACCUGGCGCGGUUCAUCAACCACUGCUGGACGCCCAACUGCUACACCAAGGUGAUCACCAUUGAGGCGCAGAAGAAGAUCGUCAUCUACUCGAAGCAGGCGAUUGGCGUCAAUGAGGAGAUCACCUAUGACUACAAGUUCCCCAUCGAGGACACCAAGAUCCCGUGCCUGUGCUGCACCGAGAGCUACCGCGGCACCCUCAACUAGGGG